GAGGAGGUGGAACCCUGAAUGAUUUAAAUGCACUGUCCAUAUUUAAUAUCUUGAUUAUUUUAUAGCAACUCUAAAAUGUUACACAAGCACUGAGGUAAUGUUAUAUACUUAGAAAUACACCACAUUAAUUACGUCUGACAAACAUAUGAAGCAAAAUGCAGACAAAUAUCAGUCAGUAUUCUACGGAUAGUUGUAACUUUAAAACCCGACUUCAAAUCUGUUCUAGAACCCGACAUCUUGCAACAUCACAAAGAGUGAUACAGUUCCCAUGACAGAGUCCAAAAUUCUGCCUUUCCUUUGGCCCAUGUAUUCACACUACAAACUAAAUUUAUCUUACCAUGGGUAACAUAAUCAAGGGAGCCAGCACAUCCAUAACUGAGUCUGAUCCUUUCACUUACUCCCUUUCUUCCUGUAGGCCGAACAGAUUUAAGCCACUUCAGGCAAAACUAUAUGAAGCAAUAAUGAAAGAUGACAGCACCAGCAUUAAAGCUUUACUAGCACACCAACCUGUCAAUGAACCACUGAUUGUCUGGGAUAACUCUGCAUGCAGAAGAACACUGUCAAUCCAGGAUCAGUCUAUUCUUCCAAUUCACUUAGCUGCCAAACACAGAAGAGAAAAGAGUUUGCGUUGUUUGAUAGAAUCUGGCGCUGACCCAAAACUAAGAGAUAACAGAGGUUACACAGCACUUCAUCUCCUCCUGCUACACUGGCCAAAUAUUUAUCUAACUGAGACAGACAUUUUGACCAGAUUUCAGAGAAACCUGGGAAUUACACAGAGUAAUGCAGAAGAAUGUCUUCGUAUCUUGUGUGAGAAGGAAGUUCAAACAGAUCCUGAAAUGGAUAGUAACUACAAACACAGCUCCUUACAUUUAGCCCUACGCUCUGGCGCCUCUCGAGCUAUAUCUAUUCUAAUUGAGAAUGGUGCUAACAUAGAUGACAGAGAUGAGUUUGGCAAAACAAUGCUUCACACGGCUGCAGAGCAUUUGAACAAGGAGGUAACAGAAACUUUAAUCACCUGUGGAGCAAACAUUAAUUGUACUCUUCCAAUAUAUGGAAAAACUGCUCUUCAGCUUGCAGUGUGCACUGCAUCAUCUAAAGCAGGCACAGUUUUAGCUGCCGAUAUAGACUGCAUCCAUUUACUGUUAAUGAAUGGAGCCAAAGUAAAUACUCAAGAUUGUGACGGACGAGCAGCUAUUCAUGACGCUUGCUUGGGAGGCAGAAAAGAAAUAAUUGAUCUCCUUGUAGAUUACCAUGCAGAUGUUAACAUUUUAACAAGACAAGGGCAAUCUCCCCUUUUUCUGUUUCUUCAACACAGGACAAAUCUAAGAUGUACAUCACUGUUAAAUAAGUUGUUAAACCUCUCAUACCCGUUGAAGCUAACCAAUAAUCAAGGAGAUCUACCCACUGGACUUCUGUUCCAAGAAUUUCAAAUACAAAAAGACUUUCUUGUAAGAUUAUCAAAUAACAUGUUGUCUCUGCAAGACAUCUGCAAAAUCACUGUCAGAAGAAUAUAUGGGGAAAAAAACAAACAAUGCUUGAAAAAACAACUUCCUGUAACUGUGUGGAAUUCUUUAUACAACUACCAGGACUACUCACAACUUUGGUAAAUAAAUCUCAUGACUUAAACAGUCACAAAUGAUUAAAUGAUUCUAGCAGAUUUGAUUAAUAUGUGUCACAUAUGCAGUCACACACACCUACAUGGGAAAGUGAAUUGAGAAACUGUUGAUCCUGAAACUGUGUAACAAAAAAUUAAACAUGAAUCAGGAUGCAUAUUAAUACUGCAUGUGUAUUUUGAAGCAGCUCUUAACAUUUCUCAAAUGUAAUUUUAAUACUCAAGGGUUUUUUUUAAACAUAAUACUUUUCAUGUGUAAUCACGAUUUUAAGUACAGUAUCUAGAAAGACAGCCAGUGAACCUCCAAGAGAAAGGGAUGGGGAAAUCACACAUUUGGUCUAUUUCUAUAUGUUUUCAGUUUAACUAGUAAACAAAACAAGCAAGAUAUUCUACAAAUUCUCAUAAUUAAAGCCAAUUAGUCAACAAUAAUCUUAUACCUAUAUCUAUUGUCAUCAAUCCAGGUUACUCAGGAGGAUGUAAGGACAAAAUUCUAAUUCGUUAUAUUUUUAAAAAAAUUGGCUCUCAUUGUUCUUAAUGGGAACGAAGUCAAGCUGCCCUCAGGGAAGAUGGUGAACCCUUAUACUGUCUGGAGGCAGAGAGAUGCACUGUGAGAAGAAGGUGAAUAGAACCAGGGGCCAUCUUGGUUAAGGGCAGCAUGUGGCCUCAGAGCCAUUGAGAACAAUAGUAGAUAACCAUUUUGAAAGACAGCCAUUUUUUGAGUUUCUCUGAAGACAAUUUUCUCCCUUAAGUCUGAAGGAAAAUAAACAGAAAAAAAAAUGACCAUUAAUACUAAAAUGUAGUUUCAAAAGAUACCCAUCGCAUCAGGUCUAUUCAAGAUUCAUACGUCCGCUGGAGUUUGUGUAGCUAGAUAAGGCUGCAAGUUUGUCACGGAGGUCACAGACUCCAUGACUUUCCGGGACCUCUGGGUCUUCUGCAGAGGCCAGUGCAGCUGCUGGGGCAGUCUCGGGCCACUGCCCCCAGCAGCAGCAGGAGUUUGGGUGUAGGAGGGGGGUCAGGGCUGGGGGGUGGGACACAGGAGGGGGUGAGGGCUCUGGGCGGCACUUACCUCAGGGGGCUGCCCAGAAGUGACAACAUUCCUCAGCUCCUAGGCAGAGGCGCAGCCAGGGGACUCUGUGCGCUGCCUGCACCUGAAGGCACUGACCCCGCAGGUCCCAUUGGCCACAGUUCCCUGCCAAUGGGAGCUGCAGAGCUGGCACUGGGGGCAGAGGCAGCGCACAGAGUUGCUUGGCUGCACCUCUGCCUAGGAGCCAAGGGAGGGGGAUGUUGCUGCUUCCAGGGAGGCACAGAGACAGUUAGGGAGUCUGCCAGCCUCGCCCAACCCCCUUCCUCCCCACACCCAAGAUUUAGUCAGGGAUAUAUAGUACAAGUCAUGGACAGGUCACGGGCCGUGAAUGUUUGUUUGCUGCCCGUGACUCAUCCAUGAUUUUUACUAAAAAAUACCCAUGACUAAAACAUAGCCUUAUAGAUAGAAAAUGCCUAACCUGAGAUCAUUUGGGACAUAUAACAGUCUGACAAACAGUGCUAAAUUUCUUAAAGGAAUCUAUUUUAAUUAAUUUUAACUCAAAUUAAUUAAUAAGUUUACUUGUAAAUUUUCAGCAAAUUCAUUCUGUCAUGAAAUGCUGUAAUUUUGCUGAAGGUGCAGUAUAUUCUUCAUACAUUAAGUGAUUGAAUCUUUAAGUGCAAAACUCAGUUCAGCCUUAGCUAUGGAGCCACUAUCAGCAACUCCAUCACACAAAUGGUCUUUCCUAUCUUUACUAGUAAUACCUAGUUCCUAUAAGGCAUUUUUUAUCAGUAGAUCUCAAAGCACUUUUCAAAGGAAGUCAGAAUCAUUAUCCAAUUUUACAGAUGGGAAAACUGAGGCACAGAGAGAUGAAACAACUUGCCCAAGGUCACCUAACAUGCUAGUGGCAAAGCUGAUAGCAGAACCCAGGUCUUUUGAAUACAAGUCCAGUGCUCUAUCCACUAGGCCACACUGCAUCCUCUAAUGAUUUUUCA